CUGGAAUACACAAGCCAGUUAGCUUGUCAAACAGCUAAUCCUAACAAGUGACACUUCACCAUGACAGACAGUAUCAUGAGUAAAGCAGCCACCAUGGAGAUCCCCAUCAACAGUAACGGAGAUUCAAGGACCCUAGCAGAGGAUGACAGCCUGGAGCAGGCUGCAAAGAUACAGUGGAACUUAAAUGAGAAGGAUCUUCAGCAGGUGAUGGUAUCUGGGCCCAAUCUGAAUGAGACCAGUAUCGUAUCAGGUGGCUAUGGAGGUACAGCAGAGGGCAUCAUUCCAACCAGCUCCAUCAAAGGCCCUGCUGUCCGUUUCAACUCUGAUUUUGUGGGCAACAGACGCAUCCCAGCACCUGGACAAGACCUGCGAAUGAAGUCCAGGGGUUAUCACAUUUCCCCAAGCCCAUCUGCCGCCAGCCGAAUAGCCAGCCAAUCAGAGGACAUCCCAGGGCCCAACAUGCAUCACAGCAGCAGUAGCUCCUCCAUGACCGCCGAGGAGGCCACGAGGGGGGUUGCUGUGGAGAAAUUCGACAUCAUGAAGAAAUGGGGCCUCAACACUUAUAAAUGUACCAAACAGUUGAUCUCGGAACGGUUCGGCCGCGGCUCACGGACGGUGGACCUGGAGCUGGAGGCGCAGAUCGAAGUGCUGCGAGACACCAAGCGCAAAUACGAGAACGUCCUCCGCUUAGCCCGAGCGCUCACCAACCACUUCUACAGCAUGGUGCAGACCCAGCACGCUUUGGGAGACACGUUUGCCGACCUCAGCCAGAAAUCUCCGGAACUUCGGGACGAGUUUGGCUACAACGCAGAGACGCAGAAACUGUUAUGCAAGAAUGGCGAAACUCUUUUGGGCGCCAUCAACUUUUUUGUUUCCAGCAUCAAUACACUUGUGAACAAGACAAUGGAGGACACCUUGAUGACUAUCAAGAUGUACGAGAAUGCGAGGCUGGAGUUUGACGCGUACCGGGCCGACCUGGAGGAGCUGAACCUGGGCCCUCGGGACGCCGUGACAGUGGCCCGGAUCGAGGCUGCCCAGCAGGACUACCAGGUCCACAAAGACAAAUACGAGCGACUGCGAAGUGAUGUCACCAUCAAACUCAAGUUCUUGGAAGAAAACAAGGUGAAAGUGAUGCACAAGCAGCUUCUUCUCUUCCAUAACGCCAUCUCGGCUUACUUCGCUGGAAACCAGCAGCAGCUGGAACAGACCCUCAAGCAGUUCAGCAUAAAGCUCAAGCCCCCGGGAGCUGACAAACCGUCUUGGCUGGAAGAGCAGUGAAAAACCGGCCUGUAGCCCGCCACACACGCACACACACACGCACACACACACACACACACACAAAGACAUACACAUUCACAUUACACAGGUCUCUCAUAUCCUGGAAUUCAGACGCACCGACCAACUCCCAGACCAUCUCCCGCAGCCAACGACCGACAACACGCAGCAGGACAUCAAGAGCCCGGCGAUGUUCGACAGAGACUUAAGCCUUACUAAAGUCUUUCUCUCCUGCAGUCUGCACCUCUCCUCU